AUAGCCCCCGACUUUCCAUUUCUUCCCUUCUCCUCCAGGGCACCUUUCUCUCCAGCCAACAUGAGUUCUCUCUCCACCCUCCUCCCGGCCCUCGUGCCCUCGGCCCUGCUCAUCGCAGGUGUCUACGCCGUCAAGCCCGAGUUCGUCGCUUACGCCGUCGCCGUCGCCGGUAUUAUCACUGGCUUCGCCUUCUUCAGCAGCAGCAAGCCUCGCAAGGUCCUGAACCCCACCGAGUUCCAGGACUUCGUCCUCAAGGAGAAGAACGAAGUCUCCCACAAUGUUUGUAUCUACCGUUUCGCCCUGCCCCGCCCCACCGACAUCCUGGGUCUUCCCAUCGGUCAGCACAUCUCGCUCGCCGCCACCAUUGCCGGUCAGCCCAAGGAGGUGGUCCGCUCCUAUACCCCCAUCUCCUCCGACCACGAGGCUGGCUACUUUGACCUGUUGAUCAAGGCCUACCCCCAAGGCAACAUCUCCAAGUACCUGACCGAGCUCAAGAUCGGUCAGACCAUGAAGGUGCGCGGUCCCAAGGGCGCCAUGGUCUACACCCCCAACAUGUGCCGUCACAUCGGUAUGAUCGCCGGUGGUACUGGUAUCACCCCCAUGCUCCAGAUCAUUGAGGCGAUCAUCCGCAACCGUCCCCGCAACGGCGGCAACGACACCACCAAGGUCGAUCUGAUCUUCGCCAAUGUCAACCCAGAUGACAUUCUCCUCCAGGAGAAGCUGGAGAAGCUGGUCAAGGAAGACGAGGGAUUCCGCGUCUACUACGUCCUGAACAACCCUCCCGAGGGCUGGACCGGCGGUGUCGGCUUCGUGACUCCCGACAUGAUCAAGGAGCGUCUCCCUGCCCCCGCUUCCGAUGUCAAGAUUCUCCUGUGCGGUCCCCCGCCCAUGGUCAGCGCUAUGAAGAAGGCCACCGAGUCUCUCGGUUACACCAAGGCCCGUCCUGUCAGCAAGCUGGAGGACCAGGUCUUCUGCUUCUAA